GUUGCCAAAAGAACAAAUUAAACAUUCUUCUUAUAAUUCUUUUGUUUCUUAUUCAUUGGAGUUUUGUUGAAAGUUUUCUAAUCACCUUCAUGUCGUCGCAACCUCGAAGACUCUCAAUAAUUAGAAAUCUUGAAAAUGCUCAUAAAAAGGACAUCGAAGCUUAUGUUAGCGGCCACUUAAAUCAAAACAAUUUGUUGAAAUUGGAAGAAUCAUGUCAUAAAACUUGGUUGACAUCUCUAGGACCUACUCCUAGAAUGAAGCCUGCCACCAAACCUGUUCAUCUUCCGGUAAGGAAGGGCCAGUUGCCAUGGAAGCAACAGCACUACAAAAAUAUGAAGGGUACAAUUAGAGAGUUCAGCUAUGGAGCACUUGGUCACUACUGUUUGCAAAAGGGGUUAAAAGAUGAAGUUGAAAGUUCUGGUUGUGUUGAAAGCAAUCAUUCAAAGUUUACCAAGUUAAAAAAUCACCACGAUGAUUUCCGUGCUCAAGAACUUAAGUUACCAGAAAUAAUGGUUGUUGCAAUUGACAAUGAUGGUUUACAACCAUUGUCAUCAAACAAUGUGGAAAGCAAGUCCAAUAAUGGUCCCUCGAAAAGACGUCACUUCCUUAAAAGUCAUCUGAGUCAUGUGACUAAAGCUGAUCAGUAUUGUGCCUUGAGAAGUUUAAAAAACCACAUGAUAAAUUCUUCUGAUGUUGGUGACUCAAGUUUAUUUAUGGGAGACCACAUUGUUCGUACGAUCCGGCAUCACCUAAAUAAGAAAUUACAAAGCCUCAGUGAAUCAACAAAACGAUGUCCAAAUUUUCAUCGUCUUCAAUUAUACAGUGAUUGUUUUGCUGAAAUCAUCAAACACAUGCCAUCUUUUUCAAAUUUGUUGAGACAAAUUAAAGAGGAGUAUGAUGGCUAUCUGGCAUAUGUCCUUGACCAAAAUAAAUUGUCAAAAUUCAAAGAUCUCUAUGCACAAAUACCAGCCAUUAGUGAAGCCAAAACAACUGCAGAUGCUGUACGAUUGCAGCAGAUUCAACUGGAGAAUCUUGAAAAUGAAAUACAGUUUCUCCUAAAUGAAAAUAAAAGCUUGCAUAUUCAAGAAAGAGAAAAAUUGACAAUUCCUCUGAAUCCUUCUUCGCCACAUAAUUCAGAACAAGGUGGCAUUCAGACACGAGUUUAUGUUGAGGCUGUUGUAAAGGAUCUUGAGGAGCAAAUUGAACACUUGCAUUCUCAGAUUGCACAAGAGUUAGAGACUUUAGAGAAUAUGAGAAAACACCAACAUGACAAUUGUGUACCAUCUUCCAUUUGUCAACAUUUUGAACAUUGUAUUAAAGAAAUAGAGGUUGACAUUCAGAAAAUGCUUCAACAAAAUGAAUAUUUAGAGCAAAGCAUUGAGGAACUUGAGACAGAACUACAGUCAAUAUUACUUGAACAUAAAGUUCCCCCAAAACAGUCAAAGACACUCUGGUCCAGACUACCAAAGCUAUCAACAAUCAUAGAAUAUGGCAGAUCACAAAAGCAUCAUGAAAACAACAUUGGUUAAAUGAUGUAACUUGGAUAAUGCUGUCAAACAAAUUUAAUUUAUAAUUUAUAUUAGCUGUUAAAAUUUUAAAUGUCUUUUUGAAAUUAGGCUGUUUGUAUAGUUGUUAAAUAUGUACACAGAAGCGUAGCUAGCUCACAAGUUUGAGUCCCGCAAUGAAAAUAGCUGUGAUUAUUUAAAUCUAUUGUUUUCAUUGUGAGUAAACACAGGAAAAUUUUGCA